AUGGCCACUCCGCCGCCCAGUUCCAGCGCUCAAGCCACCAAGAAGCCAUUGGUAUCAGUGUUCGACUGGGAUGACACUCUGUGUCCGACAACAUGGCUACAUCACCGAGGACUGCUGGUCGCGCACGGACUCAUCGACGGAGCCCCACCCAUGGACAUCGAGACGUUCGAGCAGAAGCCAGCGCCGUCACCGUUAACGCCAUCGGACCGGCAACGCCUGGAGCUACUGGAGCACCAAGCUCUGGAGCUCCUGCAGCUCGCGGCUCGGUUCGGACCCGUGUUCAUCGUCACGGCGGCGUCGCUGCCCUGGGUCGUGGCCAGCGCCGAGCACUUCUUGCCAAAGUUGCGCCAGUUCCUGCUGGACAACCAGCACCAUUGCGGCGCUGGGGACAGCGAGCGGGUGCAGGUGGUGUCGGCCAGAGAUUGGUACCACCAUCACGUUGGUACCGGGGGUAGCCAAUUGGACUGGAAGUGCGCCACUUUUGACGCGCUGUGUAGCCAUUUGAAGGUGCAGGAGGUGUUUAUGAGACUCAAGACGCGCACGGACCUCGUGUCGGUGGGGGACGCCCGCUUCGAGCAGGAGGCCUGUGCGAGGAUGGAGGACAAGGCGGGCGAGUUUCUGCGCAGCAAGACCAUGAAACUCGUGGAGCAGCCGACGCUUGAGGAAUUAUUGGAGCAACUUCAAGUGACCAACAAGAUGUACGCGCAAGUGUGUCAGUAUGAGAGCGGACUGCACCUGUGUGUGGCUCGGAAGAGAGUUACCGGUAACAAUGUCCGGCAAUGCUUUGGAGAUAACGCGAAGGUGGUGGAGGGCAGCGAGUGCGCGCUUGAGACGCUGCAACUCGUGCAGAUUGACCGCCAAACGGCGCUCGAUGGGCCAGUGGUUGCUAGGGACGGAGACGAGAGACUUCGCCAGCUUCUCGCUGCGGCGGACUCCAUGGCUCGCAAGAAGGUCCCCACGAUCUUGGCAACAACCAACCAGAACGAACCGCCACUUGCGGCGGUGUCGGGCGUUAGAAGCUGA